GACUGGCGACUGGCCGUGCUCUCAGUCCCGAGCCCGUAGUUGUCGAUGGUUGUCGAGAAGUUAUCGUGAAGUUGUCGGUUCCUCUCUUUCGGCCCCCGUGAAGCCAGCGAGCCCAAAAUUUUCCCGAGUGUUCCCGAGGCAGUGGCAGCGUCCAGGAAACGAUCCCGAUCACCGUCAAUCGGCCCGUUCGCAGGAUCGUUCGCCGUCGCGCCGAAAUCCCCGGCUGUCGCCGUCACCGUCGCCGUCGCCGUCGCCGUCACCCUCACCCUCAACCUCGCGUUCGCCCCGUUGUCGUGGUAUCGAGAAAAUAUCGCGCCCGCGCGCGCUUAAAAUAAACGGCGUUCGCCGGACCUCGCUUACGGCCACACACGCGCACGCACGCACACCCAGGAUCGGAGAGGAAGGCGAGUCUGUUGUACCGUGUGUGAUCAUCCGCUGGAGACGGUGUCAACGAGUAAAGAACGAGCAAGAUGUCGGACCGAAAAGCAGUAAUCAAGAAUGCUGACAUGUCGGAGGAAAUGCAGCAAGACGCUGUCGAUUGUGCCACUCAAGCUCUCGAAAAAUAUAACAUUGAAAAGGACAUUGCGGCGUUUAUCAAGAAAGAGUUCGAUAAAAAGUACAACCCAACGUGGCAUUGUAUUGUAGGACGUAAUUUCGGUAGCUAUGUGACGCACGAAACAAGACAUUUUAUCUAUUUCUAUCUUGGUCAGGUAGCCAUUCUCCUCUUUAAGAGCGGAUAAACUUGUUUUUGCUAUCCUCCCGAACAUCUUUUUUCCUUCCUCUCUUCCUCCCUUGCUCACUAUGCAAAAUACAUACAUUUAAAAUCAUCGCCAUGUGUAAAAGAGACUUCAUUACUCAUUAUGUACACAUUGGAAAAUUUAUUUUAAAAAGCAACGUAUGCUCCCGAUAAGCAAGUGAAGAGAAAUAUCAAUGUUUCUUGACAUAUGUCGUUAUAUAAGUGGAAGGAUACUCCGAAAGAGAAAUUCUAAGAAGACACACGGUCGAAGGAUUAGGGAGAUAAACUUGGGGAAAAAAAAAGAAGAAAAGAAUGACAUACAACCUUACAUGUUAAAAUGUAUUUUGUAUGUCAAGAAGUUUGUUGUGUUCUUGUUUUAUAUUAUUAGGUAAAUGCGCAGAAUAUACGGUUAAGUUCAAUACUGGCGAUUUUAACUAAGUAAAUUUUAGCGUAAUUGUUUAACGUAUAGUGUUCGAGCGACACUCUAAUACAUAUUUCGCGUUGAGUGGGUUCGCGUCAAGCGUACCUCGCUUGCGCUGGAAGUACAUGGUAUCCGUUAAAUAAUCGCCAAUAAUGAAUGUAAGCCCGAAUGAGAUUGAUUGCCCCUGCAAUUGUUAUUUUAUAUUAAUUGGUAACCAUCGUAGUUUCUUACGUACCGCAUACUGAUCAACUUGAUUUUGUAUUUGCCAUGCAACUGCGACUGACAUUUUUUGUUUUUGUUAGAUUAAGAAUUCUCAGAAUGAUUGAACGGAAAAGGAAAAAAACGAGCUCAAUCUCUCUUUCGACGUGCGAUUAUCAUCGUACUCUAUUGAUAACUUUAUUUCGAUCGGAUAUAAAACUAACAUGCUAUUGAAUAACAAA